GGAGGGGGAGGAGUAGGCCAUCGCCGGAAGCAUGGUGGUGCCAAUGGAGGAGGAGGUGCCGGUGGUGUAGGUGGUGGUGGUACUAUUGGCCGACCACCCAUCUCCAGCCUGCUGACCCACCGGCCAGUGCACCACCCGGCUCGGCCUGAAGACGACGGCCCAGGGCUGGAGGGCCUAAGCCCCGUGAGGCUGGAGAUGGGGCCUGGAGAUGACAACGAUGAUGAUGACGACGAUGAGAUGGUGGUGGAGCAGGAGAGGUCACACAGAGGGUUCGGAGGCGGCGCCUCCUCCUCCUCGGACACCCGGGACAACCAGCCGCCUGGUGGGGAGCUAGGGAGGAAGGGCAGGAGGAAUGGGCACGGGCACGGGCACGGGAACGGGCACGGGCACGGGCACACUCAUGGUCACGGGCAUCACAAAGGGCAUCACCACGGGCACCAGCACAAGAAGCAGGGAGGUCGGAAAGAGAAGGCCAGACAAGGUUCUCUUCUUCCUGAGGUGGAGACGGCUCCUGUGCUGAAGGACAGAGACGUGUUUACUAUGCGCUCCUCCUCCUCCUCAUCCUCCUCUUCCUCGUACUCAUCCUCCAAUCAGAGCCCUGUCCUGCCCUCCCGUGACCCCUCCCCCACCUCCCGCAUCCCCGUUACCACGGUGACCAGCCAGCGUUUCCCCACUAAACACAAGAAGUCUGGCCGCAGAGGGAAGAAGGGUCAGGAGGAGGUGAUGCCCACCCUGGACAUGGCCCUGUUCAAUUGGGAAGACUACGAGGACAUGAAGCUUGAAGUGGACUCCUCCCCCACCAAGAAGAAAGGUCAGAAAGGUAAGAGGCGCAGUAAGAACAUGAGCAACGUGAACAGGACUAUGAAUACAGAUACCGUAGAGCCAUGUGAUCACCAUCUGGACUGUCUGCCCGGUUCCUGCUGUGAUCUGAGACGACAUGAAUGCAAGCAGCACAACCGAGGCCUGAACAACAAGUGUUACGACGACUGCAUGUGCGAGGAAGGGCUCCGUUGCUACGCCAAGUUUCACCGGAAGCGGCGCGUGACUCGGGAAACAGGCCGCUGCGUAGAACCAGACUCUGCCAACCUCCACAAGGGAGCCUUCAUCCCCAACUGAGAGAGAGAGAGAGAGAGAGAGAGAGAGAGAGAGAGAGAGAGAGAGAGAGAGAGAAACGGAAAGAGCAAUCUGUGAAUUGCAUGAGGGAAUGAGAGUGUGUGAGAGAAUGUCAAAAAAAGAGAAAUGGAGAGAGACAGAGGACUUGAAGAUGUGAAUUAGCCUGCAUACCCACCUGUUUGUACAGUCACACAGCCCAAGCGUUCCAGCUGAGGACUGAGACGGGAGGGAGGGAGGAGGGGUGAGUGGGUGAGACAGGACCAGUAUAUCAUGUUGUGUUCACCUCACCUCCCCUCCCCAGCAGUGUUGCCAGAUUAGGCGGUUACCCGCCCAAUUGGGCUGCUUGGGAAGGCCGCCUACGGGUAAAAACGGGAAAAAUUGACAUAUGGCGUUUUUUUUUCUUUCAGUUUUAUGCUUUAUGUUUUAUGCAAUUUGUUGAAAUUGGGCGGAAUUUUGCGCAUUUUGGCGGGUUUUGAGAACCUUUUGGGCGGGAUUUGAGAACCUUUUGGGCGGGAUUUGAUCAGAUACAUCUGGCAACACUGCUCCCCAUCCCUGUCUCCAUCUCACCGUUGGGAGCAUGGACCGUGUGUCAAAGAUGAUUGUGCAGCUUCAAUGUUCUCCUUGGUCUGUAUAUACAGUAUAUAUUAGUCUCUGCCCAAGAGCAAAGCCACGUGACCUUGUCUUAGUUUUUUUUUUUGUUCUUUCCUUGUGUGAAUAGCAUCUUGUCAGCAUCCCUCUCCAAUGGUGCUUGUUAACUUCAUAAUGAGAGCACACAGUACAUUAUGCUGUGUUGAUUCAACACUUGAGUGUCACAUUCAACUCUCUUUCAGUGGAUGCCACUUUCUAAGAGUUGAAUCAAUGCAGCAAAAAAUGUGCAGAGGUCAUUACGUUCUCUUGUUGGCUCCCUGUUAAUGUCACGCUUUUAUUUAUGGCAGCCCUGCUUUUAUAACAGAACUAGCCUUCCUUUUCAUGUUCGUUUUUCUGUCUCUAUUCUUCGAAUGACUGCAGAGCCCGUCUUUCGGGAGAGUGGGGUGACAGAUCUGUCUGUUAACCAAGAAGGGAAAGUGUGCAAGGAGAGAGAGAGGGAGAUGGAGAAAGAGAAGGAGAGAGAGGGAGAGGGAGAGAAGAACGUAGCGAGUGUGAAUAUAUGAGAGAGACGUAGCUUUGGAUGUGUGUAGAUAAUGGCUGAGACAGAUAUCGAAGCGGGAGAGAUGGAUGGAUUGUCUGGUUGUCUGACAGUGACGAGGUGUUUACAAAGGCCCUCUCGGUACGUGUGUGUGUGUGUGUGUGUG